UUGUGGGGAUCGGACUCUCUGUGAACCAGAGAGUUUCACCCUGUGGCUUUAAAUUUUCAUGCUGUAGUCUCAGAGGUACUUUGCCCGUGUAGCGCCUUUGAAGCUUCCAGUUGCUGGUGGUAUACUUAUCACCAUGCUUAUUUCUUGUUUGUAAGGGAAAAAAAUUAAGGAUGACACGGGCUUUCUGAAGAAAGCAGGUCUCUUCUCAAUAUGGCUUCACCAAACAUAUACACAGAUGUGAACUUCAAAAUUCAAUCAGUUUCCUCAGGCACUGUCUCAGACUCAUCGCCAGCUCCCCCAAAGAAGACCACCAUUCACAAAAAUAGUCCUGGCUGUCCCACGCUGCUUCUUGCCUCAAUGAUAUUUUUCCUGCUGUUGGCAAUCUUGUCCUCUGUUGCUUUGAACAUUUUAUUUCAAUUAUAUUCUGAUCUUCUUGAAGAAAAAAAUACUAUAGAACAACUGAAUCACACAAGAUUGGAUUGUAUGAAAAACAACUCAUCUAAGGAAGACAAAGUCUGGAGCUGUUGCCCAAAGGACUGGAAGCCAUCUAGUUCCCACUGCUACUUCAUUCCCACUGCCUCGGCAAACUGGAGCGAGAGUGAGGAGAAGUGCUCCAGCAUGGGCGCUCAUCUGAUGGUGGUCCACAGCAAGGAAGAGCAGGAUUUCAUCACCAAGAUCCUGAAUGUUCAUGAUGCUUAUUUUAUCGGGCUUUCGGAUCCAGGUCAUCGGCAGUGGCGAUGGGUUGAUCAGACACCAUACAAUGAAAGUGCCACGUUCUGGCACCCAGGUGAUCCCAACAACGACAAGGAACAAUGUGUUAUAGUAAAUCAUCCACGUUCUAGUUGGGGCUGGAAUGACAUCCCUUGCAGUGUGAAACAGAAGUCAGUUUGUCAGAUGAAGAAAAUAUACGUAUGAAAAACCAUUCUCCAUGGACAUGUGAUUGCAUUUUUAUCUGCCAUUACAUAGACACCUGCCAAGUUUUAGGCAUACCUAUUUAGGCAUAGGUAUACCUAUGAUAAUACCGCUCCACGAAUAUACUUACUUAUUCAUCCUUUACUUUCUUAUAUAAUGAGAAUAUACCAGACACUAUACAGGAUCCCCUUUGUGCAUAUGUGGAAGCACACCAGCUUCUCUGUCCAUUCUUAGAUUCCUAAAGCCUUAAUUGAUGAUAGAACUGUGUGGUGUGGUUCCUCUACUCAUUUCUCUCUCUCUCUCUCUCAGCUCCUGUCGUUGGAUUUAUUGAUGUAUAAUUGGCAAAUAAAUUAUAUAUA